AACUAUUUAUUUAAUAGUUUUUAAGUCUAUCUGAUGUUUCUUAAAAAGAAUUCAAUCACGUGACAUUGACGACGUGUCAUUCGCUAGUUGUUUAGUCAGUGUUGAGCUGACGUGGCUACCACAGGCAAGUUUUAUCUUCCACCCUUUUUAGUCCCAGUUUCACUCCCCUCUUCGCUCUGCCUAGAAGGCUUUCCUUCCCUUUCUGUCCGCUUCAAACCUCCCCUUCCCUUGCACUCGAAUCCAGUCUCUCUCUCUCUCUCUCUCUCUCUCUCUCUCACACACACACACACAGAGGGUGCGUGUUUUACUAGCUAUAUUUGCUGGAAUGGCAAAAACACAAGGUGAUGAUGCCUCAGAACCCCUGAAAUAUCAGACAUGGGCCUUGAAAGUCUCCAUCCACUGCGAAGGCUGCAGGAAGAAAGUUAAGAAAAUCCUUCAGAGCAUCGAUGGUGUUUAUACGACAGAGAUCGAUUCUCAGCAACAAAAGGUUAUAGUAACAGGAAACGUGAACGCAGAGACUUUGAUCAAGAAGCUGGUGCAAAAAGGGAAGCACGCCGAGCUUUGGCCGCAAAAUUCUGCCAAUCAGGAGAAAAAGUCCGGCAAGUCAAAGAAGAAGAAGAAACAAAACGACUCCAAAAGUAGCGGAAACACAAGUGACGCUGAGAACAAUUUAGCGGACAAAACAGAACACUCUGCUAAAGAUAGUGCCAGUGGAAAAGCAACCGAGAGUGGGCAGGCUGAGAAGAAGCCGGAGAACACUCAAGAUGGCGGUGAUCAGUCGCCGGCGGAGGAGGAAGAGGGUGGUGAAAAUGAGGAGGCUGCUCCGGCAGGCGGUAAUGGCGGCGGCGGCGGCAAUGGAGGUAAAAAGAAGAAAAAGAAGGGGAAAAAGAGUAAUACAACCAACGGUGAGGGUGCAAACGGAGGCGAUGCACCGGCGGGCACCGGAUCUCCUAUGGUUACUGGGGAGCUUGACCCACGUACUGGGCCGAUGAAUCUCAGCCGUCCACUUCCGCAGGAAUACCCAUAUCCACCAUCCUUUUAUCCACCACCAGUAUAUGGGUUAAGCUACAAUGCUUCGUAUCCAAGUACUAGCUCUUCCUAUUAUAUGCCACCACGGUAUGCUUAUACUCAUGACCCACGACCCUAUAGGUACCCACCACCACCUCCACCGUCUGAUCCGAUUGGGACAUAUAACGAUGAUCAUGAAUAUGAUGAUGAUGAAGGUGGGUGCUUUAUCAUGUGA